UUUUAUUUUAAGUUCUGGCCGACCUCAAAAUUUCGAACCCCACCACACAACUACAUCGAACUUCUUUACAAGACCUACCAUACCAAAUCGAUCACAAUGGGAUUCACCGACCUUCUGACGGAUGCUGGCCUUACCGUGCUGAACAGCUGGUUGACCACUCGCUCAUACAUCGUUGGAUACGCCCCCUCCCAAGCUGAUGUUGCUACCUUCAAGGCUCUCAAGUCGGCACCAGCCUCUCCAAAAUAUCCCCACGCUGCACGAUGGUACAAGCACAUUGCUUCCUACACCGACGAGUUCGCCACUCUGCCAGGUGAUGCUUCCAAAGCCUAUACAACCUACGGCCCUGAGGUCACUACUGCCACAUUGAACCCAGCCAAGGCACCGGCUGCGGAGGAGGAUGAUGACGAAGUCGAUCUGUUCGGCAGUGACGAUGAAGAAGAAGAUCUUGAGGCUGAGAGAAUCAGAAAUGAGCGCUUGGCUGAGUACAAGAAGAAGAAGGAAGGAAAAGUCAAGCCUGCUGCCAAAUCCGUUGUCACUAUGGAUGUCAAGCCGUGGGAUGAUGAGACAGAUAUGAAGGCUCUCGAGGCUGCAGUCCGUGGCAUUGAGAAGGAUGGUCUUGUCUGGGGUGCAUCCAAGCUCGUUCCUGUUGGUUUCGGCAUCAAGAAGCUGCAAAUCAACUUGGUUAUCGAAGAUGAUAAGAUCGGUCUUGAUGACUUGCAAGAGGAGAUCCAGGAGUUUGAGGACUUCGUCCAGUCUACUGAUAUUGUUGCCAUGCAAAAGUUGUAGAGAGUUAUUGGUUUAUUAGACCUUUCGGAUUCGAAGCAAUUGCCAGCAUUCAUGAUUCCACGCCUUUUACGCUAGCUUUCUACAGGAUGAUGACACGAGUAUGCUAAACGCAUAAUGAUCAUCAUGGCUAGAAAAGGAAGAGAAGAGAAAUACGAAAAAUUUCUUGCAAAUCCAAUUUAAUGAGCUUGUAAAACUGUGAAAAUAUACAACUGAAAU